AGAUGGCAAAAACGAAAAACCCUUAACCCUUCAUUUCUCCUUUAUAUAUAUAUAGAUCUUGCAAACCCUUAUUUUGCAUUAUUCAGAUCAGACAUUGUUGCCGCAAUCUCUCUAUCUUCUUAAAUCGCUCCAGACGAAUCCAGAAAUGGCUUUGCCUAAUCAGCAGACUGUCGAUUACCCUAGUUUCAAGCUUGUACUUGUUGGCGAUGGUGGAACAGGAAAAACGACUUUUGUGAAGAGACAUCGCACAGGAGAAUUUGAGAAGAAAUAUGAACCAACCAUUGGUGUGGAGGUUCAUCCUUUGGAUUUCUUCACAAACUGUGGGAAAAUAAGGUUCUAUUGCUGGGACACAGCUGGACAAGAGAAAUUUGGUGGUCUUAGGGAUGGAUACUACAUUCAUGGACAGUGUGCUAUCAUCAUGUUUGAUGUAACAGCAAGAUUGACAUACAAGAAUGUCCCAACUUGGCAUCGUGAUCUAUGCAGGGUGUGUGAGAAUAUCCCAAUUGUGUUAUGUGGGAACAAGGUUGAUGUGAAGAACAGGCAAGUUAAAGCAAAGCAGGUUACAUUUCACAGGAAGAAGAACUUGCAGUAUUAUGAAAUAUCUGCUAAAAGCAAUUACAAUUACGAGAAGCCAUUCCUUUAUCUUGCCCGUAAAUUAGCUGGGGAUGCUAACUUGCAUUUUGUUGAGAUGCCUGCACUUCUUCCUCCAGAAGUCACUAUUGACUUGGCUGCCCAGCAACAGCAUGAAGCUGAGCUUGCUCAAGCUGCAAAUCAGCCUCUCCCAGAUGAUGAUGAUGAUGCCUUUGAGUAGAUGAUUCUUGUUUUGCUCCUUGUUUGUGUUGUUUCGGUCUCUCUUUCUUUUUAAUCAUCACUAUAUCUUUUGAGUGAUGUUUUGUGGUCUUUUUUGAAUUUUUAGUAUUAUAAUAUAUGUAGUGCUUCGACAUGAGCACAUCAAGUUAUGAUUCUGAGUUUAUGGCCAUUUGUUUAGCAGUUGUUUUGGAUGAUAUAGAUGAUGACAUUUUUAUGCUGAAAAAAAGAAGUUUGGUCAUUUGUCU